ACCAGGCUAGUCAGUACUCAACCGAUUUAGUGAUACUGCGAACAUUAACGUCACUAAAAUGUUACAUUUGUUAUUUUCCUGCCUAGAUUAUUAUUUUUUUCAUUUAUUCUGAUACGAUUUAACGUUUGGUGUGUUUGAUUGGACACUGACAAGAACGAUCCUUUUCACAAUCACGGAGGAAUUUUCGUUAUCAGGAAAUUGAAACACAAGAGAAGAAGACAAUAUAUAAAACAUAGAUAAUUCACACCUUAUAAAUAUUUGGAAGCGAUGUCUUCCGUGACCACGAGUAAUACAAAAGAGGAAGACUCUGAGAAUGUCGAUGGGAAGAGUGGGUGGUUCACUGUCGACGGUACAAUCAAAUAUUCACAAUUGGAAGGAUUGCGGUUAAGGAAUCACAGUGUUUUUUCAACUCGGAAAUCAAUUAAUGAUGAUAAUUAUUGUCGCGACAAGUAGUGUUAACGGUUCAAUUUAUUCGCCAUAUUAUUCCUUCAGUCAACAAUCGCGUGCAGCGGUAGGCAAAUAAGUGAAACACGCACAUCGAUAAUGAGGUGACAAUGGAGAGUGAUAGCUGUCCUGAUUUGAGGAUGAAAAAAAAUAUGUCCAAUGUUUUAUUCAAUUGAUGAUGAAAAAAAUGGACAUAAGCAGGAGGAUUUUGACGGACUGGUGAGUGACGCGGAUAUGGAAAAUUACUGUUCUUACGUUGGGACUUUUAGUGCAUUGAAAAGAAGAUGGAGAUAUAGAAAGGGGAGAGGAGAUUUAGUGGAUCAUGUAAACAAUUAUGAUUGUGUUGAUAAAGUAGAGUUGGGGAAUAUUGUGAAAUUGAGUCGACGAGGUUUGACUAGUGGAUUGUUGAUAGUAUUGUUUGUGUAACAUAAUGUGUCGAUUAGAACGAUGCUAUCGUAACGAUGCCGUAAUGUAACGAGCACUUCAUGAAAUAAGGCAGCAGUCUUCAUCAGGGGGGGGGGUUGUGAUUUGGUGUGUGAAUUUGAGGAAGGGAAUUGAGGGGACGGCUAAUGAGGGGUUUGUGUAAUUUGGUUGGUUGUACGGUUCAAAAAAUUUGGUGAUUCGUUAUCAGAAUAGUCGGAUCGUCAGAAUAAAUGCUGACCGGGGGAGGAAGGCUGGCGAACAGCUUAAAUUAUUAAAACUGUGGAAGGAUGCCAGGCGGCCGUAGGGGCCUGGUAGCCCCUCAAAACACCUUCUUGGAGAAUAUCAUAAGACGAAGCAGUAGCCAACCGGACAGUAGUUUCCUUCUUGCCAAUGCUCAAAUUGUUGACUUUCCAAUUGUUUAUUGCAAUGAGAGCUUUUGUAAAAUAUCUGGAUAUAAUCGAGCCGAGGUGAUGCAAAAAUCUUGUCGUUGUGGAUUCAUGUACGGCGAGCUGACUGAUAAGGAGACGAUAGCAAGGAUAGAAGAGUGCCUUGAAGGACAGAUACACGAUCAAUUCGAGAUACUACUCUACAAGAAGAACAGUACCCCACGAGAGACCCCACUAUGGCUCCUCCUGCAAAUAGCACCAAUCAAGAACGAGAGAGACCUCGUUGUCCUUUUCCUGCUGACCUUCAGGGAUAUCACUGCCCUGAAACAGCCAAUAGAGACAGACGACAGCAAGGGUGGACUCUCCAAAUUUGCCAAACUUGCCAGGUCUGUUACCAGAUCCAGGUCAGUUCUUGUUUCCCAGUUCAGCUCACACCUUCCAGCCUUGAAAGACACUACGUUGCCUACUGCAGGCAAGCAGUCUCACCUUGCACAUUACCAAUCUGCCCAGAUGAUGUCUCUGAGCGGCGAUGUGAUGCCACAGUAUCGUCAGGAAGCACCAAAGACCCCACCUCACAUACUCCUCCACUACUGUGCGUUCAAAGCAAUUUGGGACUGGAUUAUUCUCUGUUUAACAUUCUAUACCGCCAUAAUGGUACCAUACAAUGUGGCCUUCAAGAACAAAACCAGCGAAGACGUGUCGCUGCUAGUUGUUGAUAGUAUCGUCGAUGUUAUAUUUUUUAUUGACAUCGUCCUAAACUUUCAUACGACCUUCGUGGGUGCUGGUGGUGAAGUUGUAUCCGAUCCAAAAGUCAUCAGAAUGAAUUAUCUGAAAUCGUGGUUCAUCAUAGAUCUCCUAAGCUGUCUACCUUACGACGUUUUCAAUGCCUUCGAUCACGACGAAGAUGGCAUUGGGAGUCUCUUUUCAGCACUGAAGGUUGUUAGAUUACUGCGACUCGGACGUGUCGUACGUAAACUGGAUCGCUACCUCGAAUAUGGUGCUGCCAUGCUUAUACUACUCCUGUGCUUCUACAUGCUGGUAGCCCAUUGGCUUGCCUGUGUCUGGUAUGUCAUAUUAAGGUACUCAAUAGGCAGGUCUGACGCUGAUGGUGGCGUUCAAUACUCGUGGCUGUGGAAGUUGGCAAAUGUAACUCAAUCGCCAUACAGCUAUCUCUGGACCAACUCUAGUACUGUGCCUGAGCUCGUUGCUGGGCCUUCCAGGAGAACUAUGUAUGUUACAGCUUUGUAUUUCACUAUGACGUGUAUGACAUCCGUAGGAUUUGGUAACGUCGCCGCUGAGACGGAUAAUGAGAAAAUCUUCACCAUUUGCAUGAUGAUAAUUGCUGCCUUGCUGUACGCUACAAUAUUCGGUCAUGUCACAACAAUAAUCCAGCAGAUGACGUCUGCGACGGCAAAGUACCAUGACAUGCUAAAUAACGUUCGGGAAUUCAUGAAACUUCAUGAAGUGCCAAAAGCCUUGAGUGAACGCGUCAUGGAUUACGUUGUGAGCACAUGGGCCAUGACAAAAGGCCUCGACACCGACAAAGUACUGAAUUAUUGUCCAAAAGAUAUGAAAGCCGACAUCUGUGUGCAUCUUAAUCGUAAAGUUUUCAAUGAGCAUCCUGCUUUCAGAUUGGCCUCGGACGGGUGUCUACGAGCUUUGGCGAUGCACUUUACGAUGUCCCACAGCGCACCGGGUGACUUGCUAUACCACACAGGUGAGUCAAUCGACUCACUCUGUUUUAUCGUUACGGGUAGCCUGGAAGUCAUCCAAGACGACGAAGUAGUGGCAAUCCUUGGCAAAGGGGAUGUAUUCGGCGACAGCUUUUGGAAAGAUUCAGCAGUGGGCCAGAGUGCAGCAAACGUUCGUGCAUUGACUUACUGUGAUCUCCAUACCAUCAAACGUGAUAGACUGCUGGAAGUUCUCGACUUUUAUCAAGCCUUCGCCAACUCGUUUGCAAGAAACCUCGUACUCACAUACAACUUGCGACACAGGCUCAUAUUUCGAAAAGUAGCAGAUGUUCGCAGAGAGAAGGAACUCGCAGAGCGUCGAAAAAAUGAGCCACAACUAGAUCAAACCCAAGAUCACCUCGUCCGAAAGAUAUUCUCGAGGUUCCGGAGGGAGAGACACCCCACAGAUGUAGAGAAGGGUGAUACCAAAGAUGGAAAGGAUGGAGAGAUCUCCCACUCGAGGAAACCAUCAUCUGGAGAUGCAGAGACCGUUAUUCGACCAAGAGCCAGCAAAUGGGGUCGUCUUCUUGGAAGUUCGAGUUUAGACUCCGGGAGCGAAACUGGAACUGGGACGGACACCUUUAAGCGUACUCUGAGUGCCCGUGACUCCCGUCCCUCCUCGUCUGUUAGCACCAAUAAGGUCUUUCCAAAACUUUCCAAACUCAGCGGUACCAUCGAAGAAGUCCAGGAUCCUGAACCACCCAAAGAACCACCAACGACGACUCUAGCAAUUGAAUCAAAGCAGCUUUCCCUUCGCCGCCUGGAGUCUUACGACGGGGGUUUAAUAACCGCUCAACCUGGUCAGGACCGGGAGAUCCUCGCCGCUGUGCUAGAAGUCAAAGUUGAUCUCAAGCUGGAAGUCCAGCGAGUUAAUCAAAGACUAGCAAAGCUAGAAGACAUGUUAGAGAGUGUUAUCAGCAGACUGCCCCCCGUACCGCCUAUCGCAGCGACUCCAGCUCGUCCAGGGAAUCUAGUGAUCUCAAGUAAUAAUUUAAAUGAUACAGCAACUCAAACAUCUCCAGAUCAAAAGCCUGUAGCGAUGUCGAGUGAUUCUAGAGAUCCAAAUGAAAGACUUCCAGCGAAAGAACUCCCACAACAUCAUCAUCACCGGCACCAUCACCACCAUACAGACCAAAAAAUGGAAAAAACUAAAGAACCAGUGACUCCAGGUCUCGAUUAUUCCCCAAGGGAUGUAUCCAAAGAGCUCUUAGAGCGUUUGACUCAAGCCUCAACUUCUCGAGAAGACUCCACAGCUCUAGGUCCACUGAUACUGCGGAAAAGACGGAGUAAAUCGCGAAAUAAAGGUGCUGCACCCUUAGCUCCUCUUGCACCUCUAGCUACCCAACCUAUUUCACCUACUGACGCCACUGAAACAACCCAAAUGUUAGAGUGCGAAGAACGUGAUCCUGGUGGCGACAGAAGUGAAAGAACUGAUAGGGAAAGGAAGCGACCGCCCCCAAGGCCUCGAGAAUACUUGUGAAAAUUUACAGACAUUCAUAACAUUGUGCUGCGAACAAUUACCAGAUCCAGAGAUCUUUCAGCAUUUAUCCAUUGUUACAUCAUCCACUAUAUAAAAUUCAUUAUGUUAUUCGCGCUUUUAUUAUGAAAAAAUCUAACUACAAGACUAAAAUUUGCAAGUGGCUGUGCUACGGUCGAAUUUAAGAGACUUUGUUGUUGAUAAUCUUGAUUACGAUCUCAAGAUGAAUCAUCGAGAAUAUCUAGGGUACGUAAUGAUCAGUAAAUUAUCAAUUCUGUACGAAAAUUAUGAGGAAAGAAGCAUGGAAACCAGAUUAUUUUGAAAUUAUCUUUUCAUAAAGAGGUUCACAGAUAUUCAUAAAGCAACAGCUUGGCUUACAACAUUUUUUCAACUUGAUAAUAGUAUCUUAUGUUACAAAUGCAUAAAGUCGGAGAAUAUGAUCGAAUGAUGUUAUGUUUUCAGAGCGAGUUGCAUCCCAGAAGAAAUCGAAUCUCCUUUACAAUGAGAGCUUUCGUAAAUCUACCACUCUUUAUUAACGAAUCACGAACUAGCCUAUCUCUCAAUUUCAUACAUGUGCAACAUAUGCUAGUACAUCGUGUAACUAAAACGCAUACGAUUAUUUCAUGGCGUACGGACAAUCUGGGAUAGCUCACGCUACACGUUCGUUAUUUUCGACUUUUCAAUGUCACGCAAUGAAAUACCGUCUGAAACAUGUGCAUGAAAAAGCUUCAUAGGAGGUUUACCGCACGAGCCAACGGCGAAAGAUAUAAUCCCUCCGAUCGAAAAACAAAAACAUUUUCCGCACAUGUUUAGAACGACAAUUUAUUAUACGACGUCGAAAAGUCGAAAAUAACGACCUCAGAGCGUCAGUUAUUCGAGAAUUUUCGCACGUAGUGCAAUAAUUUUAUAUGAUGCUGCUAAGUGUAGAAAAAGUAUAUUAUGUUACAAGUGCGUAAAGAACAACUUUUUCGCACACGUAACACAUUUUUUUUAGACCUGCGGAAUUCAUUGUUGGGAAUUGUGGUGCAUGUCAAGUGGUUUCUGCGCACGGAGUGUGUAAAAGUCAAGGUCGUGGGUAAAGUAAAUUUUAUUUGAUGAACGACGAAUUUUAUUUCAGAACUUUACAAGUACAACUUACAACUUUCUAACUUUACAUCGUGCACAGAUCAACCACUUAACGCACAGUAAACUCUUCGGAAGAGUAAAUUUUAGAGGCAGAUAUUACAAGAGGUACUAUUUGACGAGUAUGAGAAUUACAAGCCGAGCUAAUGGCCUCAUUUCUUCUGAAAUUGUAAGAUUACGAGGCUUUCGUGUAUUUGACUAAACUGCCAUAGCUGACAUAAACCAGUCUAUUAUAAUAAACUUACCUUGCCAAGAAAACGCAAUGUUUACGUCUAAUCGUUAUCGCCUAUGUUUCGGAGAGCUCAAGUGAAAAUUGUCUUCUUGCUGGCAAUGAAUGAUAUUGGGAGCAAUCAUAACAAAAGAUUUUUCUAAAGAAUUUUAUGAAGAAAAUUUUUUGAUGCUGCUGCUUGGACACUAGUGGGUAUAUAUAAUACCCAAAGAUAUUUUACAAUUAAUCUGUGUAAAUACAGUCAUUAUUUUCUCAGUAAUUCACUACAGAAUUGAUAGGGGGUAAAUUACAUGUGACAAUGUAGUUUAGUAUAUCAAUCACGAAGGUGCAAUCGCAAGAUGGGCGCUGAGAUACUUGUGAUUUAAUUUUAAGGAAAUUUUAAAUACGGAAACUGGCGGAAGUAAAAAUGACUUUAAUUAUCUCUGUGCGUAUUUUAGAUUCUACGACGAAAGAUCACAAGUACAAUUAAGAAAUGAAGAUGUGAAAGAAGUUGACAGAAGAAAUUUUAAUGCAAUUGGAGAUUGAAGGGAAUGGAUAUCGUAUUGUAUAUAAUAUACAUACUGUAAUAAAUUGUACAUAUAGUACAAUAUAAAUAUAAUAUAAGGCGGUGCGUGGUUUGAAGAUAUAUGGAGUAGGGAUGCGGGAGAAUGGGGCAAAAUAGAUUUUUAUCAUAAUAUUGCACCAUGGAAUAACAAAUUACUGACGAUAAUUUUUCUCCCCUUAAGCUUUCAUCAUUUUUACUAAUGCUUUAUUUAUAAGCUAAUAAAUAUCUUUGAAAUAUGUUUAAACAUAUCGAUAUCUAUCGUACGAUGCAGAUUGAAAAGAGAUUGAAAGAGAAUGGGGCAACGGGAAACAGUGAGGUAGAAUAAAAUGUCUACUCUAAUGUUUCAUUAAACUUUAAAAAAUCAACAAAUUAAUAUUUUAUCCCGCUGUUUUUAUUUUCUUCAUUCUACUUUACUUUCUUCUAUUUUAUCAGUAACUUGGAAUUCCACGACAGAACAAUUCAUAUUUACGAAAUUACAUGUUAUCAGUCCAACCAUAUUAUGAUAUGCACUGAUUUUCGUGACGAGAAAAAAAACCAAAUAUGUUAAGAAAAUCCGUUCUUGUGAUCAAGUAUUGUGAUAAUACUUUAGGUGGAUUUGAAUAUUUAUACUGAAGAAAUUCCAUGAUCAACAAAAUAAGAUCCGUUAGCUCAUUAUGUUAUUCUCAAUCCUAUAUGUGAUACAUUAUUAAUACAGAAAUUUGUCACUCCAAUUAAUCACUAUUUUUUCGUCGAACUCUUUCUAAUUUUUUGUGGAAAUGUUCCUUAAUUUUAAACUCUUCCUAAAUUGAGCUAUUUCACAGUGGAUUAUUUAAAAAACUCAGAUAACAGCCAACGAUGAUUUUGUUAUAAAAUCAAAAUAAGUUUAAACAUUGAAAAAGAAAGAAGAAACUAUUCAAUGAAAAACCAUUCAAAUUGAAGUAUCAUAACUAAUUUAAUAUAACAGCAUAAUAAAACGAGAUUUUGCCCCAGAUCUCCUUUAUUUUUUCCGCGUCGAGUGACGACGAAAAAUUAUCAAAGUGUUAAACCAAAGAAAAAUACGAAAGACAUUAUAACAAUUUGUUACUUAGGUUUUUAGAUAGCAGAAUGAGACAAAUGAAAAAAAAAAACGAUAUAGCUGGCUCUAUUCGUAGUUGAAAAAAUUCUAUGCGAAAGUUGAAACGCUGUUGGUUAUAUAUAAAGUAAAAAAAAAA